AUGAUGAGCAAUAAUAAUCUGACGAUCGAAGACUUCCAUGGCGCUGUAAAUCACUCCUCACACCCAUCAGAAGGUAUGUUGGAAUUGUCUGGUACUGAAAACUGUGUAGGAUUCUACGUGUUCCCUCUUUUGCCCCCGCCUCAUCUCCUUCUGAUCUUCUUAUCUUGCCUCUUGCCACCUGACACAGCGACCCCCAAGAGAUCCAAGCUCGACUUCUUGGCCAUGAUUGCAGAGAUGAGCCAACAGUCGGAAGCAGCGCCCAGGAUGGCUCCUGUGCCAGCCCCAGUCGCCCCUUCAGAACCCGUCCCUCCGCCGGCAGUUGAAGCGGACACGAUGGUGGUCAACGUCAAGCCUCCCACCAAGAGCGCGUCGAAAAAGGUCACCAAGAAGUCCCCCAAGUCGAGCUUUGCCGCUUGGAAGCUCGCCAAGGGCCGUAAGGGUGGCCCCAAGAGUCCCAAAAACAACAAAGAGACCAGCAAGGGCAAAGAGAUGCCUGCUGUUACGACCGCUGAUGUGGCUCGAAUGGAUGUCGUCGUCACGCCCACGUCCCCCGUGAAGGAGUCUGCUGAGUUUAACAACAUGGCAGCUAUUAUGCAGCAAGCCAUUGAGAUGAAGGCACAGAUGCAGUCAUACAGCCCUCCUCUCGUUCCGGCUCAGGCCCCUCCAGCUGUCGUGGAAGCGUCACCCAUGGCCAUGGCGGCUCCGAUGGAUGCUCUCGCCCUUGCCGCUGCCAGCAGAGAACAGGAAAUGAUGGCAGCCGCCGCUCCUAAAAUGCCACCCAAGAAGGCCACGAAGAGCAAGGAUGGCAAGAAGAGUGCCUCUGCCAAGAAGGCUGGCACUUCUAUCAAGAAGGAUAAGGAUGGAAUGUCAGCCAAGAAGGCUUCCAAGAAGAAGAAUAAGGAUGGCUCCGAAAAGACCAAGAGCUCGAAGAAGGCCAAGAAGGUUGAUCAGCCGAGUCCUAGUAAGGGAACAACACCGUCUUUUCCUGAGAAGAUAAUGGAGUUGUUACAGAAGAAUAUGGCCUCGAAUGCCAUUUACUGGCUUCCCGAAGGCGAAGCGAUUGCUGUCGACCCUGAUAACUUCAAGGACAGCACGGUCAUCAGCAAGCAAUUCCGUGGUAACAAGCUUUCCUCCUUUGUGAGAAGCUUGAACCGCUGGGGAUUCCGCAGAAUCUUCUACCAUUCUCUGCCCGACAAGACUCUUGCCUUCUACCAUCGCUUGUUCCAAAAGCAAACUCCCCUCCUGGUCAAGGAUAUGAAGAUGGACGGCGGUGAGAAAGAACCAGCUCUCCCCCCAAGUGCGGCAUCCGCACCCAUGGUGAUCGAAGCUGCCAAUCCGGCUGCGGUCGUUUCAGAAGGAGAACCCAGGCCCGAGGAAUCCCCCGUCUCUUCUCGCCCCAUGGCGGCGAUCCCAGUAGAAUCGGCCCCGUCCUCUCCAGCUGUUUCUGCUCCCAGCGCAGCAGCUAAUGCCGCCGCCGCUCAGAUGAUCGCUCAAGCCAGUGCUGCACCAGAACCUGUUGCUGCGCCCUCUGCGGCCCUUGCGGCGCAGGAACACGCAGCUCUUGCGGCCGCUCAGGAGCAGGCGGUUCUAGCUGCCCAGGAGCAAGCUGUCCGUGCCGCUCUCGGCAGUGCUCAGCCAGACAUGGCUCAGAGUAUGCUAGAACGUGCAAGCGCCCUAGAACUGGCUGAGGGCCAACACACCUUGCAGCAAGCUAUGAUUGCCGAACAAGAACGCGCUGACUUGGCCUUGCAGCAGCUACAGGCCCAGCAGGCCUUGUUGCAAGCUCUCGCGGAGCAGCAAAAUGCCGCUCAGGCUGAGGAGCUCUUGAUGCAGUCAAUGAUCGCCGAGCAGCAACGUUCAGAUCUCGCCUUGCAGCAGCAUCAAGCUGAGCAAGCCCUCGUUCAACAAAUGCUGGAGGAGCAAUCGGGAGGUCUUUCGGCGGCCUUGGGCGGCGGGUAUGGUCACGGCGCUGAAGCGGCGCUCCGGGAACGCUUGAUAGCUCAGGAACUUGCUUCCCGGGCUCCCGCACACGCUCCAGCACCCGCUGGUUCAGACGUUUUGGCCCUUUUGCAGCAACACUUCCAACAGGGUGGGCAUCAGGCCCGCGAAUUGUCCCCCGUGGAGCAACUGUUGCUUCUUGAACAUCAGCAGCGUCAACGUCAGGAAGAGGCUGCCAUCUUGGCUGCCCAUGGAUUCCGAUUCUAG